AUGGCCCAGAAAAAUUAUACUCAAAUAAAGGAAUUUAUUCUCUUGGGCCUCACAGACCGUCAGGAACUGAAGAUGCCUUUAUUUGUAGUGUUCCUUUCCAUUUACCUCUUCACAGUAGUAGGGAAUCUAGGCUUGAUCUUAGUCAUUAGAACAGACGCAAGACUCAGCACACCAAUGUAUUUCUUUCUCAGCAACCUGGCUUUUGUGGAUUUCUGUUACUCUUCUGUCAUCACACCCAAAAUGCUUGGGAAUUUCUUAUACAAACAAAACAUAAUCUCCUUCAACGCAUGUGCUGCUCAGUUGGGCUGUUUCCUCACCUUCAUGGUAUCAGAGUGUUUGCUGUUGGCGUCCAUGGCCUAUGACCGGUAUGUGGCCAUCUGUAACCCUCUCCUCUAUAUGGUAGUGAUGUCUCCAGGGGUGUGUAUUCAGCUGGUAGCUGUCCCCUAUGCUUACAGCUUCCUGAUGGCACUGUUUCAUGCCAUCCUCACCUUCCGCCUCUCCUACUGCCACUCCAACAUCAUCAAUCACUUCUACUGUGAUGACAUGCCUCUCCUCAGGCUCACUUGCUCAGAUACUCACUCCAAACAGCUCUGGAUCUUUGCCUGUGCUGGAGUCACAUUCAUUCCCUCAGUUCUGGUUGUCUCUGUCUCCUACAUGUACAUCGUCUCUGCCAUCUUGAGGAUGAAGUCGGCUGAGGGGAGGCACAAAGCUUUCUCUACAUGUAGUUCCCAUAUGCUGGCGGUCACCAUAUUCUAUGGGACCCUCAUCUUCAUGUACUUACAGCCCAGCUCUAAUCACUCCCUUGACACAGAUAAAAUGGCCUCUGUCUUCUACACAGUUCUCAUACCUCUGCUGAAUCCCUUGAUCUAUAGCCUCAGGAAUAAGGAUGUGAAAGAAGCCUUGAAAAGGGUAAUCAUGAGUAGAAACAAGGGUUCUGCAUUUGCUACAUUUAAAAGACAAUUGGAAUAA